CUUCAAUCGUGCAAUCCAAACCACAGCAAAAACAAUCCACAAUGUUCACCAAACUUUUCUUCAUCGUCACCCUGGCCAUCGCCUGUGCCAACGCCAAACCCGGUCUGCUCGGUGCCGCCGUGGCUCCAGUAGCCUAUUCAGCUCCACUGCUGGCCAGCCCUGCUGUGGCCUAUACUGCCGGUUAUGCUAACGUAGGAGACUCCGCUGUCGUCACCUCCCAUAACUCGCAGGUCAUCAAUCCGGCCUACGCCGCUUAUACCGCCGCAGCCGCUGCCCCUCUUGCUUAUGCUGCUGCUGCUCCUCUGGCUUAUGCCGCUGCUCCAGCUCUGGCCGCGCCACUGGCAGCCCCACUAGCUGCUCAAUAUGCGGCUCCACUCGCUUAUUCCUCUCCAUUGGCGGCCAGAUAUGUGUUGUAAGGCUGUUAGGCUACCUAAUCUGUCGAAAAUCAGUUGAUCUGAACCGUUACAAGCGGAUUUGAAUAGGUAUCGUUUUUAUCUGUGUUACGAAGCGAGAGAAUAUAAAAAAGUAAAUACAUUACCUGCAGUACAAAUCAUCA